AAACCUCUACUAGCUGUCCAGGUAUGCAAGGGGUGUGGCCCAACUGGGAGGUUUGCUCCUAAAGGGACAAGUAAGUCUCUCAAGUCAUACAAGUAGUUCAUAAUUUCUAUGUGCCAGUUCAGAUGUUCCUAGUGUUGUGUCCCUAGGAGAAAUGAUAGAAGCAGAACCUAAGAGCUGAGAAGACCGGAGUUUUGCGCAUGGGAGAUCAAGGAUUGGCUGCUGUUCUUUUAGCUGUGAGACAAAAGCCACCUGUGCUUGGAGAGACUGCUCGUUUUCUUCUCUUCCUUUGUGAAAAGGCUGUGGUGUGAAUUUCAGAUAUAGUUGCUGACAUCAUGAGUGACUCAGGAAGCUUAUUUGGUGACGUUCACAAGCCCAGUGCCAGAGCCAUUUAUGAACAGAGGAAGAAGUAUUCCAACUUCAUUGUGGCAGAUGUCUCCCAGUAUGCUGUCAAUCACCUGGUGACCUUCUCCAUUGGGGAAGAGGAUGAUUUGACAUGUGUGGAAGAUGCUGUCAGGAAACUGUGCAUCAUGGAUAAGCAAGGGAAGGUCUGGGUUCAGGAGAUGUUGCUUCAAGUCAGCGGGUCGGCUAUCAAGCUCCUUGACAUAAACUCAAAGGAGGAACUGGAGAAUUAUGCAUUGGCAACUGUGGCUUAUUGUGAUGCUGUCUGCCCUGAGUCUCGCUCCCGAUCCUUGCUUCUACUCAUGUGCCAGGAACCUACUCAGCUCAGACCAGAUAUCCACUUCUUUGAGUGUGAUCAAAUUAGGGCGGAAUGGAUCCAGCAAGACAUCAGUAGUGCCCUGCUGGACUUCAACACAGGAGGAAAUACCCAACGGGCGGAAGCCUUAAGAGCUGCCCAAAACAUGCUUGAUAAUCAGGAGAUCUCUCGGCCUCCUGUGCAGGUUCCUUCUAGGACAAAGAUUGUUGCACCAGGGCCAAGAGAAGACGCCAUGUUGGUAGGAGAACCUGAUCUGGCCUCCAUCCAAAUAGAGCAAAAUGUGGAACUGCUAAACAAUGUUUUUGAUGAUGUGGAAGCCUUUGUGAGAAAGCUGCAGAAAGCUGCCGAAGCUUUCCGUGUCCUGAAUCAAUGCAGGCGCUCUGGAAGACGGCAUCUUCGAGAGCCAGGAGAGGGACUCUUAACCAUCAGAGCAAAACCCCCAUCUCAAGAGGAGUUUGAAGACACUCUGUCCAAGACCAAAUAUUCCUUCAGCCUUCUGGCAAGGCUGAAAUCUAAAAUCAUUAACCCUACUUCGGAGGAGCUACUAUGUAUUCUUUUCAAGCCCUUGAAGAUGAUUGUGGAUGCUUCUGGGGGUGUGGAAUUUGCUUCUGAACUGCGCAAUCCCAUGUUAACUCUGGAGGCCGUGACUUUGAUGCGAAGCUGCUUAGGAGAACAGGAAACAGAAUUCUGGCAUUCUCUGGGUGAAAACUGGACUAAGCCCAGGGUGGAUUUCCCCAGGGACUAUGCAGCUCCCUACAACCUAACAUUCCGGAGUGGCUGGGAGCCUCCUGUCCAGGAUGCUUUUGGGAAACCUUGGGAAGACCCAGUAGAGAUGCAACACCGUCAUGAAGAACGACGCACCCAGCAAUCGGCACCCACAAUUGCAGCCAAUGGGUGCAAACAUCUAGAGAAAUCAGUGAUCUGCACCCACAGCUUCACAGCCAGAAACAGCAAUGAACUGUCAGUGUUUCAAGGAGACAUAUUAGAGGUUCUCGAUGAUAGUAAGAAGUGGUGGAAAGUCAAGAACUGUAAUGAUCAAGUUGGUUACGUCCCUUAUAAUAUUCUUGCUCCAAUGCUGAGUGGAGAUAAUUCCAGUAUCCAGAAUGACAAGGAAAUGCUUCUAAUUCAUGAAAUCACCCCUGUAACAACGAAGAUAACACCUCAGCCACCAGCAAUGACCACAAGUCUACAGUCCAAUGGUGUAAAAUGGGCCAGCGCAGAGGAGCUUAACAAGAACCAGAAUAAGAAAGAACACUUCAGCGUUGUCAAUGAGGAGCUCGUCUUCAGGCUGGCCAAUGGGACAAGCGGCUGUGGCAAAACUCUUCAUAUCCCACGUACUCUAGAUACGGAUGUCCCUUUAGACUACAAUUCAAAUUCUGAUCAAGUCCGGACCUGGUUGGAGGCCAAAGGGUUCAGUCCAUUGAUUGUCAAUGCCUUGGGGAUUCUGAAUGGCGCUCAGCUGCUUUCCUUGGAAAAGGAUGAGUUCAGAGCUAUCAACCCAGAAGAAGGACCUCGAGUCUACAGCCAGGUUACCAUCCAGAAAGCCCUCCUAAAGGAUUCUGGGAAAAUGUCAGAGCUAGAGGUCGUGAUGGCAAGACAAAAGAUAAAAGCAGAAGGAUUGGACUAAUGGAGCUCUCUUUUUGUGUGGUGGUGUGACUUUGCUAAAGAAAUGUGGAAAUUCAGAUUCUUCUCUCUACAGGAGCAGAAUCUAGCCUGUGUAGGAUCAAUGUGAAAGAAUUGGUUGUAAUUGUUACUGUGGAUGUGUUUUAUAUUCCCAAUUUGCCAUCAAACAAGAGAAACUUCCUGGUAUUCCCAGUUUCUCAAAUCUCUCUUUUUAAAAUAUACGUCAUGGAACAAUAUUCACUCUCCCACUUCUUUAAUCCCCAAAUUAAAAAGAAAAAAGAAAUAAUUAUGUCCUAUAAGAUCUACACUUUCUCCAUUUUGGAACUUAGCUCCUUGUAGAAUCAGCUCUCAAUCUCUCAGUAGGGAAAUACUAAUGUGGUAUAGUAUGCACUAUCACAUCAUCUGUUUAGUUCUUUCAUUAAACAUCAGUCAGGAUAUUAUUGAACAAUUUUUUUUCAGAUUAUGGCCUCAUGAACUAUGCAUAUAAAUCUACAUAAAAUCAAUGAUUUUAUACACAGUUUAUUUAAUCCAGUUCACAGAUCAGCACAGGAAAUGUAAUCAGAGUUCUACCUGCAUGUUCAGUGAGUAACAUUUUACAACUCUAUGAACUUUUAAAGCAAAUCAUCCUGUCUAGCCACAAUGACUCCACCUGCUCUUUUUUUAAUAGAUUAGUUCCUGUGAAAUAAUAGCUCAGCAUUAAAAAAAAUGUUAAAUAAUCUAAGGAAGUAUGUGUCAUGAAAACUGAUGAAUUACUGUUACAAGAGUUAAUUGCUUUAAAUUCAGAGGCCUUUGUCACAGAACAAUACAAUAUGUGGUCACUAGAUGGCAGUCGGCAGCCUCUAUGGGCAAACCAAGCUGUUUAGCUACAGAUAAUUUCUCUGUAAAUCAAAAAGAUUUAGCCAGAUUUUUAACAGCUUGUUCCUAUUGUCCUGAAAGCAUUUUUUAUGGGGAAAAUGAACUGAAUCAGCUGCUUUGAAGGAAUCUUAUGCAAGAAAAUGUGAUGUUUCCACUUAAAAAAAAGCCUUUAUGAUAAAAUGGGGCCAUUUGCUGUG